AUGGCUUCGCUGGAGGAAGACGACGACCGCGAUCUUGCAGGCUCGCAAGAUGGAAGCUCGGACAAUGAAAUGGAGGACACACUAAGGGAUGCAGAUGAUGGCGGGAAUGAUAACGAUGCCGAUGCCGACCAAGACGCCGAUCAAGACGCAGAAAGCCCGUCCAACGCCAGCCAUGUAUCUGAGAGCGCAGGGGUGACCGCGCAACCGAACCCCGACGUUGAAAUGACCACCGUCGGUCCGACAAAUAUUACGUCCGAUCCGAUAUCUGCGCUACAUCCCAGCGUGCGUCCCGAAUGCCUGACUGCCUCUACGUACGACAUCGUGCCCACGACAGCGGCACCCCAUAGUACUUCAAUCAAUGCGGUAACCGCCACGGCAGACAUGAGAUGGGUGUUCAGCGGAGGAUCAGAUGGAUAUGUUCGGAAGUUCAACUGGGUUGACUCGAUCAACAGCAAAUUGAUGCUGACCGUGGCGCAAAGACAUCCGUUCGUUGACAGUGUGGUAAAGGCGGGGGUGCUCAUGACAUACUGGGAGAACAUGGACGGGAAUAGUCUUUCACCGGUCUAUUCUCUGGCAAGUCAAAGCGAAGGCCUCUGGCUGUUAUCUGGUCUGGAGUCGGGCGCCAUCCGGCUACAGUCCGUGCGCCAUGACGAGGGCAAGGAAAUAGCGCUACUUCAGCAGCACACCUCAGCGGUCUCGGUGUUGAAUUUGACCUCCGAUGAAAAGUCGUUGCUGUCUGGGAGCUGGGACAAACGGGUAUUCGAUUGGGACCUAAACACCGGGCAAACAAGGCGCGCGUUCGGGUCCAGCGCCGGGCAGAUCUCUUCUCUUGACAUACGGCCAGAAUCCAGCCUCCCGGUGCCUAAAGAAACAUCGGACAAUUCACAACCUAACGGUACCUACUCGUCCAACAAUCAGGCCAGCGGGGGCGAUAGCUUCAACUUCAUGGAUACCUCAAACGACCAAGGCGACGGGGGUGAUCCUUCGAACCAGCAGGCAGGCUCGCCAGCGGACUCGUUAUUUGGCGGAGCUGAUUCAUUAUUCGGUGACGCGGACGGCGCGAGCGGAGAAGGUGCAGACACAUCGGGAAAUGCCUUUGGCAUCGAUGAGGAUGAUGAGUUUGGUAAAGCUCUCGCGAAUGGCGUUCUUCCGGAUGCAGAUGCGCAAGGUGAACCCGACACGACGGAGCAGCAAAAUGGCGUUGCUGGACCAUCUGCAAAUCCCACAAACACCGGCGAUUCGAAUGUAGACAAUGCCAACGCAUCCGGCCACCCCUCGGAGUCCCAGGACAAUAUGCUUCCCAAUGGCACCUCGGAGCACUUGGUUAACGGGCUACCUCACGCCGAAGAUUUGGAACACCCCCCGCAAACCCAAGAUACCUCUCAACAAACACCAUCGGACUCCAAUAUUGGCCCGGACAACAUCUUCCUAGCUGCCUCGAUCGACGGCAUGAUUCGCGUUUGGGACCGACGACAACCGGACCCCAUUUCACGCAUCAUCUCUCGCAACUCUCCGCCAUGGUGUAUGAAUGCAUGCUGGUCUCCUGAUGGAAACUACAUCUACGCCGGUCGUCGAAACGGAACUGUCGAGGAAUUCAGUCUUCACAAAGGUUUCCGGGAUGCCGAGCGAAUCUUCAAGUUCCCUCAAGGAAGCGGGCCGGUCACCGCACUGCAAGCGAUGCCCAACGGACGACACAUCAUGUGCGCGUCCCACGAUAUUCUUCGAUUGUACGAUCUCAAACACGAACAGGUUGCUCGCCACUCGACCGUUCCGUUUCUCAUCAUCCCCGGCCACCGCACAGGAACUGUCUCGCAGCUCUACGUCGAUCAAGCCUGUCGCUUUAUGGUCUCAACCAGCGGCAACAGAGGCUGGGAGGGCAACACCACCGAAGUCCUCCUGGGAUACGAGAUCGGCGUCCCUCGGUAG